ACCUAAGAUACAAGAUUUACUCGACUCUAUAUAGUCUGUCAAGUCAGGUACCCAUCACCAAACACCAUGCCUCCUAAGCUCUCCAAAAGCGCCAAGCUAGACCUGAUCGUCUCACACCUCCGCUCCACACGAACCUGCCACACGCUCAAAAACCUCGAGAAAAUGCUCCCCUCCGUGGCCUCGAUCAACGGAAUGCAAGUCAAAGAGUACAUCCAGAACCUGACUGAUGAGAACCAGCUCCGCGUGGAGAAGAUCGGCAGCGGGAACUGGUACUGGUGUUUUGCGAGUGAUGAUAAGAAGGCACGAGAACAGCAGCGAGAUCAGUUGUUGAAAGAUGUUGAGAAGGCUCAGGCUAGCUUUGAUGCUGCUGAGAAGAGUUUGGCUACACAGAGGGAGAAAAUGGAGGAGGAAGAUGAGGAGGAUGAAGAGGAGAGAGAGGAAUUGAUACGACAGAAGACUGGAUUGGAGAAGGAGGUGAGACAGUUGCAGGUGGAAUUGAAGGCUGCUUCUGCGGCUGAAGGGGGGAAGGGGAUAGAGGAAAAGAAGGAGGAGUUGGAUACGCUAAGGCAGGAGGCGGAGAUGUGGACGGACAAUAUCUACGUGCUGGAGGGGUAUCUGGGGAAAUUGGCCGGUGGAGACCGGGAGAUUAUUGCGGCCAUACAGAGGGAGUGUUAUGGCGAGGAAUAUGUUGAGGGAGAGGGACUGCGUGAGAUGGUUUGAUUCGUUUCGUGUGUUGAUUUGUCUGAAUAUUCUCAACGUCUUUGGACUGUUGAUGUUGCACAAUUUUGCCUGGAACAGCUUAUUUAUUGGACCAUCAUUCCAUCUGAUACGACACUCUAGACCGCCCCAUUUCCAUCCCCCAUCCAUAUUGACAUAUCUGAACUUGGCAUAAACAUGACUCUUGAACUGG